GAGCAAGUCUUGUUUGGCUUCAGGGCUCACCUGACACCUGUGCCACAGCACAUUCUCAGCCAUGAAGAUCCUUUACCUGCUCUUUUCUCUCCUCUUCUUGGCACUCCAGGUUUCUCCAGGUUUGUCUUCGCCCCGGAGGGAAAUGCUUUUCUGUAGAGGAGGGACCUGUCACUUUGGAGGAUGUCCCUUCCACCUGAUUAAAGUUGGAAGUUGCUUUGGGUUCCGCUCCUGCUGCACCAUUCAUUGAAGAGUAAUGAAAAUUUCUUCUAAGCCUACAAAUUUGCUUGGAAUCUCCUUACUCAUAAACCCACUGGAUCCUGCUGCAAAGCUUCACACUCCCUUCAUUGCCAAAGCAAAAGGCUUUAUGAUGUAGAGUAAAUCCAAAUGUGUUCUGAAUUGCUUUCCCUCCUUCUAAAUAAAUUGUUGUUGCUUAGCAUUGG